AACAGACCACAAGAUAUGACCACAGAAACCAUGCAGACGCCAGAUGAUGGAUAUGAUUUUGGUGGAUUUUUUAAUACUGAUUCCAGUACGAAAGACUACACGUAUGUCCAGGAAGACGAAGUUUUUUUAUGUGAAAAAACUGAAGUGAAUAAAUUCGGUGCAGGGGUUCUCCCAACGUUUUACUGCAUAAAUUUCAUCCUAAGCUUGAUUGGAAACGGACUGGUGCUGUGCAUCAUCUACAAGUAUGAAAAGCUAAGCACGGUCACCAACAUAUUCCUGCUCAACCUGGUCAUCUCGGACCUGCUCUUCGCCUUCAGUUUGCCAUUUUGGGCCGUGUACCACCACUCCGAAUGGAUCUUCGGCAGUGCCCUCUGCAAGCUGGUGGGAAGUUUGUAUUCCAUCGGCUUCAACAGCUCCGUCCUCUUCCUCACGCUCAUGACCUUCGACCGCUACCUCGCCGUGGUCCAUGCCAUCACUGCAACCCGGAGCAGGAAGUCCAUGUAUGCGUUCGCAUCCUCAGCUAUAAUCUGGUUUAUCAGUAUAUUGGCGAGCGUAAAAGAUAUGGUUUUUUUCGACGUGCAGCCUGGCAACAAUAGCGGGAUGCUGUGUGAAAUGACCGGUUACGACCACACGAUCAUGAAAAAGUGGCAGCUGAUCGGCCACUAUCAGCAGUUCCUGGUUUUCUUCACGGUGCCUCUGGCUAUGGUCCUGUACUGCUACAUUCGCAUCAGCAUCAGGAUCAUGUCCACUCGCAUGAGAGAAAAGUGCAGGGCUGUCAAACUCAUCUUUAUCAUCGUUUUAAUCUUCUGUGUCUGCUGGACGCCGUACAACGUGGUCAUCCUGCUGCAAGCCAUCGAAAUGUCCAAUGGAGACCCAAAGCAAUGCUCGGACACGCUUGACUAUGCCCUGUACAUGUCACGAAAUUUUGCCUACUUGUACUGCUGCAUCAGUCCUGUCUUCUAUACUUUCUUGGGGAAGAAAUUUCAAACCCACUUUCUGAAACUUUUGGCCAAGCGUAUACCUUGUCUGAACAUAACCAUCAUGACACCAACACAAAGCAGUAAAACCACAUCAUUCAGAACCCCGAACACAGGUGACUGAACACUGAAUAUUAAGUACAUGCAUGGGACUCUGUUCUUGUUUGAUGACUUUUGAAUGAAUUUGUCAUUCAGAAAAUGAAAAAGGGAACAGAUAGGGUUAUGAAGAAAGACUUAAGAAACUGAAUGUUGUCUGUACAUAAUUCAUUACUCAUUUAACAGGCAGUUUAUGUGUAUUAUCGUGCAAUUUCUAAGAAUGUAUUAUGCGCUCAAGAGUCAGAUUUAUCUACAUUGUAAAAAGCGAAAAGUUGGGUCAACUUAAAAAUUACUUUAAUUAGUAACACAAUUUUUUGUAAGUAAAACAAACUAGAUUUUUUUUUCAUUUUACCAACUGAAGUAAUUUUUUAAGUUGAUCCAACUAAUUUACAUUAAAAGGAUGUAAAUAUUCAUUUGCACAUUUUCUGUUGUCUGUACCAGUGUCAUCAAUCCUAUACAUUUUUAAACAUUUUUUUACCACUUUUAAUGUAAGAUUGUUAUUGCAACAUAUUAUGCAUUGUGUAACCCAGGGCUCUCCAACUUUUUUGUGAUCAAGGGCUACCACAAUGGAUAAAACAAAAUUUGGUGGGCUACUUUUUUGAUAUAGUCUACUCAAAGCUUUUUUGUUUUAUUUGUUGAUUUUAUUUUAUUUUACUUCUUUGUUUAAAAUGUUAACAUACAUAAAAGAAGCCAAGCUUAUAUAAAAAUGGUAAUAAAUAAAUAUUAAAAUUAAAUCUAUUUGCAGAAUGUGCUUUGUAUGCCAACUCACAGACCAGGUGCCCACGGGCACCAUGCAUGUUGAGGACCACUGGUCUAACCCUUGCCUAUAAGUUACUGUUACUGCACUGAAAAAAAAUUUAACUGUGUAAUUAAUUUAUAGACAUCAGUUUAACAUGCAUGAAAUUAACAUGUAACCUCUUUUUUACCUUUACAGGCAUAUAAAACAUAAUACAACCUUGUACCUUUUUGGGUAGAUUACUGUACCUUAAAUGGAUAGUUCACCCAAAAAUAAAAUGCUGUCAUCAUUUACUGAUCCUCAUGUUGUUUUAAAUCUGUAGGAGUUUCUGAUGAACACACAAGAAGAUAUUUUGAUAAAUGAUGGUUAGCGCUCAGUUGACUGUACUCAUCGACUGCUAGGAAAAACAAAU